AUGUCCGAGAGUCCAGAAGCAGGCUGGGAUUCGAAUAAAACCUACGCUGGCGACGACCGGGCUCGAGUUGUCGAGCUGUUCAGCAGUCCAUCGACAACCACAAUCGCAAUCAUGUUCAUCAAUACAACAUGUAAUGCGACGCUGGAUGAUAUGCGAAUUGGAAAGUCAGAAGAAGUCUUGGUGGGAAAUUUAACAUUCCAUGAGUUAGGAAUAUUUGUUUCUUCGUCGACUGCCUUGAUCGCCAUUCUUCUAUCGUUGUAUCUCAUGUGGAUGCAUGCUUUGCACUAUACGAAGCCUUACGAGCAACGGCACAUCAUACGCAUCCUUUUUAUGGUUCCCAUUUACUCAGUGGCGUCCUUCCUUAGUUUCUGGCAAUACUGGCAUGAGAUAUAUUAUAGUGUGAUAUCAGAGUGCUAUGAAGCAUUCGCAAUCGCGUCCUUCUUUGCUCUUUUAUGCCACUACAUUGCCCCGGAUCUUCACAACCAAAAAAUUUAUUUUCGAACCGCAGUGCCAAAGCCAUGGGUCUGGCCUGUUACUUGGAUGAAAAAGUUUUGUGGCGGUGAUAAAGGCCCUUGGAGGACACCAAGAAGUGGUUUGACAUGGUUUAACAUUAUUUGGGCUGGUGUCUAUCAAUAUUGUUUUAUUCGAGUUACCAUGACUGUUUUGGCUGUUGUCACUCAAUAUUUUGGCAAAUAUUGUGAUUCUUCGGAUUCUCCAGUAUUUGCUCACAUCUGGAUUCUUGUUAUCGAGGGUGCCGCGGUAUCCAUCGCAAUGUACUGCCUUAUCCAAUUUUACAUUCAGUUACGGGCUGAUCUUGCUCCACAUAAGCCUUUCCUCAAAGUUGCUGCUAUCAAAUCAGUGAUCUUCUUAUCCUUCUGGCAGAGCUUUGCCAUCAGCAUUCUGAUGUCGUCUACUAUUGGCAUUGUCGAGCCAACCAAAUAUUUAGCUUACCCUGACCUCAAGAUUGGCAUCCCGAACUUAUUACUCUGUAUUGAAAUGGCUAUCUUCUCGAUUUUGCAUUUGUUCGCGUUUCCUUGGAGACCCUAUGCAUCAGAUGCAACCCCGGUUAGAUACCCAAGCUCACCUGGAGGUGGUUUAGAGCCUAUUGGUCCCAAACAAGGUGGUCCUCUUGGCCUUCUGGCUUUCGCUGACGCUAUGAACCCAUGGGAUUUGGUCAAGGCAUUUGCUCGUAGUAUGCGUUGGUUGUUCGUAGGUGUCAAAACUCGCGAGGCGGACUCUUCAUAUAAACCAGCAACUUUCAAUAAUGACAAUGACAUGUCCCUCCAAUCUGGAAACUCGGAACCCGACACAUCUUAUAAAGGACGGGAUGACGGCUUACCAAUUGCCAACGAAUACGGGAACAAUACCUUCAGUAGUAGUAAAGGGGUUAUGGAAGGUGAGGAAGGAGUUGGUCUAAUUGAUAAUGCACAACCUAACCCUACAAACCUCAAUCAUUCAGGCUACAUUCCAGCAGCUCAACGUUACACCCCUGAAGGACUGGAUACCACCACGAAUGGUGCGCGGUAUAACUACAACCCGGACCGCCUGGUCGCCAACAAUCCGACUCCCGCCUCAAUGCAGAGACAGGAAUAUCCGGCCGGAAUGGCAGUAACCGGUGAACCAGAAGCAUACUUAACUCAAGUAGCACAACCACCAUAUGUUGCACGGCCCUCAUCACCAUAUGGCGUGCGACAAUUAUCGCAACCAGAAGCGUUCCUCGAAGAGAAACGAGCUAAGCGAGCUGCCGAAAGAGCCGCACGAGAUCGAGCCGAUGAGGAAGCACAUGAACAGGGCGCGGCACCAUCAGAACUGUGGUCUAAUUCAAGAGGACCGAUGCAGCCCCAUGAACCGCCGAGUCAUGUCCAUAACGCUUUAUGGGGAUCCCAAGCGCAACCACAACGGAGGGAAGAUGAUUAUUGA